AUGCCCGUCCACGCGGAGCAUCUGACUGUGCCUGCUAAGCCAGUCCAAGUUCGCAGUCUCCAAGUCACAGAUGCAAGUUUCUCAUGGACCGACUCCGACAAGGCUGAGGCCAGAGCAUCGACUCACCAGGUUCUCUUCACCGCAGACUCGUCCUCCGCCGACGGGGCAAAGUACAUCAUUUGCAUUCUGAGAGAGGACCCUGGGACGCCUCCAUCACGCCCUUUCCGCCUCGACCUCCUCCAGACCGACGAGAUACCAGCAGAGCUUCGCAAUGGCCACGUCAUCAGCGGAAUGCCGCCUCACCUACAACCCAGGCCCGACAACAAGGUCGACGUCAUCGUCUCCACGAAAUCCGGCACAGGGCGCGCACAAUCGUUCUGGCAGACCGUGCUGCAGCCUCUCCUCCAAAUCGCAUCCUGCCAAACCCCCCCUGAGCAGUACGGCCUCGUCGUCACGCAAGACGCCCAAAGCGUCCGGCAAUACGCCAAAGUCAUCGGCGACUCUCCUGUCGCCAGAACCAUCAUCCUCCUCAGCGGUGACGGAGGCGUCGUCGACCUCCUCAAUGGCCACGAGCGCGCCCCCAGUGCACCACUCCCGCUCAUCGCGUUGCUGCCCCUAGGCACAGGGAACGCCCUCUUCCACUCCCUGCACAAGCCGUGCUUGAAUGACACGAGUACAACUGGGCCGACGCCGCUCGUCCUCGCCCUCCGUACGCUCUUCCUCGGCGUUGCGGCAAACCUGCCCGUGUUCCAAGCAACGUUCACGCCGGGCUCGCAAAUCGUCACCUACGCCAGCCCGUCGCCCAUCGACAACAGCCAAGCUUCACAGCUCCCGCACAGGCAGCAGGUCUCUUCGCUCUACGGCGCAAUCGUAGCGAGCCACGGGUUUCACGCAAGCAUCGUCUACGAAAGCGACACGCCGUCGCACCGCGUCCACGGGGCAAAACGGUUCGGCAUGGUCGCCCAGGAACUGCUGGGGCUGUCACACGCGUAUAAAGCCCGUCUGGACGUACGGCCUCCCGGUCCUGCUUCUUUGGGUGAGCUCGAGAGGGAUGCACACGAGACGCAUGGCUAUAUUUUGGUGUCGAUGGUGUCAAAUUUGGAGCGUAAAUUUACCAUUUCGCCUGCUUCCAAGCCGCUAGAUGGAAAGCUUCAUCUGGUGCAUUUCGGGGCGGUCAGUGGCCACAGGGCGAUGGAGGUGAUGAUGAAGGCGUACGACGGGGGCAAGCACGUGGGUGUCAAGUGGGAUGAUGGCGAGAGGGUGCGAUACGAAGAGGUUGGCGAGGUGAGGGUUGCGAGUGACGAGGAUGAUGAGCGGUGGAGGGUGUUUUGCGUUGAUGGCACGAUUGUGCAGGUCGAGAGGGGUGGAGGGAUGAGCGUGACGAGGGCGGACAGAGAAUUGUUACAGGUCUUGGUUGACGAGAGGAUUCGUCGGCCUUGA